AUGUCCUCGCCGCCACCAGAUGCGCCUAUCAAGAUGGACCCUUUCCAAACCGUCGCCCGCGAAAUGAAGUUUCUCACCGGAAACAUACGACAACUACUCGGAUCGGGCCACCCCACCCUCGACACAGUCGCCAAGUACUACACACAAAGUGAGGGAAAAUACGUACGGCCCAUGUUAGUCCUGCUCAUGAGCAGAGCGACGGCACUCACGCCGCGGAGUUCAAGAGGAGGCAUGGGAAUCGGCAAGCAGAGUGCGGAUAUUUCGAUAACCAACCCCAGGAUCCUGGCGGACGAGAAUCCAGAUCAGAGUCCCAUCGCCAGCAUACGACAUGACGCUGCGUACACGGCUGAAGACAGCGAUAUCCUGCCGUCUCAACGCCGGUUAGCAGAAAUCACAGAACUCAUUCACACAGCUAGUUUACUGCACGACGAUGUCAUUGAUCACUCCGUUUCCCGCCGUUCCGCUCCCUCUGCCAACAUCGAGUUCGGCAACAAAAUGGCUGUACUGGCAGGCGAUUUCCUGCUCGGAAGGGCGUCGGUUGCGCUGGCUAGACUGCGCGAUCCAGAGGUUACGGAGCUCCUGGCUACGGUCAUCGCAAACCUGAUUGAAGGCGAGUUCAUGCAACUCAAGAACACGGCAUUGGAUGAGAAAAGCCCGUCGUGGACGGAAGAUACCAUGGCGUAUUACCUGCAAAAGACGUACCUCAAAUCUGCGUCGCUCAUCUCAAAGAGUUGUCGCGCCGCCGCUAUUCUGGGUGGAUCUAGCCCGGAGGUUGUCGAGGCGGCGUAUCUAUAUGGCAAGAAUCUUGGUCUGGCGUUUCAACUUGUGGACGACAUGUUGGAUUAUACGGUGAGCGAGGCCGAGUUGGGCAAGCCAGCUGGUGCGGAUUUGGAAUUGGGACUUGCGACGGCACCCUUGUUAUUUGCGUGGAAAGAAGAUCAGAGUCUGGGGAAACUGGUUGGAAGGAAGUUUUCGCAACCAGGCGAUGUUCAACGGGCUCGUGAAAUCGUUUCUCAAAGCUCGGGCUUGGAACAAACCCGCGCCCUAGCACAGGAUUACGUUGACAAAGCCAUCGAUGCAAUCUCCUUCUUCCCCGAGAGCGAGGCGAAAACUGGUCUUAUCGACAUGUGCACCAAGGUUAUGAAGAGGAGGAAGUGA